AUGACAGGUGAGGAGAAAAGCAUGAUCACCACACCAACAUAUAUGCUCAUGGAGUGCCUCAAGAACCAUGCGGCCGCCAUUGGUGGAAGCGCCACCGAUGUCUGUGGCGAGUUUAUGGCUGGAGGAGAAGAAGGCACCCUGGACCAGAGAGAGAAGAUGCGCCGAUUUGCUCACAAAAAUGGAUGGAAGAUAUACAAUGCAGAUGAUGCCGAGGUGCGAAGCUUCUGUGAGGAGAUUGGAGUCAGCAAGAAAGUUCUGAAGGUCUGGAUGCACAAACACAAGGCCAAUAACCUUCCUGCUGCUACUGCUACUGCUACUGCAACCAACUAUUGA